GAAACUCCAGUCUCGGUUAACUACCACUUCUCCCGCAAGUGCAAUUAUGAAUGCGGCUUCUGUUUCCACACCGAGAAGACCUCCAGCAUCCUCCCACUGGACAAGGCCAAGUGCGGAAUGAAGCUCUUGAAAGAGGCCGGGAUGAAGAAGCUCAAUUUCGCAGGCGGUGAGCCUUUCCUAUAUCCCAUGUUCAUGCGUGAACUUCUCCGCUAUGGGAAAGAGGAACUAGGGAUAGAAAGUAUAAGUAUCGUGUCGAACGGCUCGAAGAUCACCAAGAAGUUCUUGCGCGAGAACGCCGCGUUCAUUGACAUCCUUGCUAUAUCCUGCGAUUCGUUCGACCCAGAGACAAAUAUCAAGAUCGGAAGAGGCAGGAGUGGAGAGAACGUGGAGCAACUAACGAAAGUCGCCAGUUGGUGUCGACACUUCGGCAUCAAGUUCAAAGUCAAUACCGUUGUAUGUAGCCUGAACUGGGAUGAAGAUAUGACUUGUCCGAUUGCACGGUUUCAGCCCUUUCGAUGGAAGGUCUUCCAGUGCCUGAUCGUCGCCGGCGAAAACGAUAAUGAACAGCGCAAGCGCGAUGCACGUUCGUUUCUCGUAAGCAACGAGCAGUGGAAAGCGUUCUGCGACAGGCACAAGCACCUGAAAUGUUUCGUGCCGGAGAGCAACGAGAUAAUGAGAGGGAGUUAUUUGAUUUUGGACGAGUAUAUGCGCUUUCUGGACAAAGGCGAUGGGGAGGAGAAAGCGAGUGAGAGUAUCCUAGAUGUUGGCGUGAGGAAGGCGAUGACACAAGUGAGGUGGGAGCGGACUGCGUUCGUGGAGAGAGGCGGAUUUUAUGAUUGGACUAAA